AUGUCUUCAGAAUCUUCCAGUGGUAAGAAUUCUGAUGAUAUGGAAGUUGAUAUGGCAACAGAGCCAGAUGGCUCCGCGAGUGAUAACAGUGGCAAAACGCCCUCGCUGACCACCUGGGAACAGGCGAAUGAUGUGGAGGAACUGGGUGAUGAAUUCCUCAAAUUUAAUGCUGAGGUACACCAUUCCAUUAUCAACGCCCACCCUUGGACUAAAGACCCGCAUUACUUCAAGUCCAUCAAAAUUUCAUCGGUGGCCCUUCUCAAGAUGCUCAUUCACGCCCAGUCCGGCCACGAAAAAGAGAUAAUGGGAAUGCUUGUAGGAAAGGUGGCACAUGAAACAAUCAUCGUCAUGGAUACAUUUCCGCUUAUGGUUGAAGGCACAGAGGUCCGAGUCAAUCCCCAGGAACAAGCCUACGAAUUUAUAGUCCAACAGGUGGAAUCCAUGGAGAGAGUGGGUCGACGUGAAAAGGUCCUCGGUUGGUAUCACUCUCACCCGGGCUAUGGUUGCUGGCUCUCAGGAAUAGAUGUUAGUACCCAAAGCUCCAAUCAGAGAUAUCAAGAACCCUUUGUGGCAGUUGUUGUUGACCAUAUCCGAACUCUGUCAUUUGGAAAGGUUCAUGUGGGAGCUUUUCGUACCUAUCCCGAGGGUUAUAAGCCACCAGAUGAGGGCCCCCAGGAGUAUCAGUCUAUUCCAAUGGAGAAGAUCGAGGAUUUCGGAGUCCACUGUAGAAGCUACUAUCCUCUCGAAGUAAGCUUUUUCAAAUCGUCCAUUGAGAAGAACAUAAUCAACAUGCUCUGGUACAAAUACUGGCUCAACUCCCUCAGUGCUGAUGCAGCUAAUGCUCAGGAGAAUCACUUAAACAAACUUACUACAGAUCUCGCAAAAAAGGUUGAAAAUGCUGCAUCUAGUGUUGAUCGAACGAGCCAUGACCACGGUGCACUUCAAGAAAAGCUUGCACAGUGUGCAAAGGAUGCUGCGAAACUAUCUUACAAACAGAUCAAUGCUAUGAUCGGUUCUAUUGUUAAGGAUAAUAUUUUCAAAGCGUACUGA